UACACAGCAAGCUGCGUGGGAGAAUCGCACGAUGCCAAAAAUAGUCUUUGGAGUCAUCGUCUCGUUGUGCACAGGUAGCACACUAGUAGUAGCAGGUAGUUCCCCGUGAUAAUCAUCAGCUGAAGAAGGUUGGCUGGAAAAAUCCAAGGGGCAUCAUUUUUUCAGUGCAAAACCGCCGAGGUUGGUUGUAGUUCUUCCGAGCUAGCAGCUCAUCGGGGAUGACACAGCGGGGACAGACCCACAACAAACGCAGCCGCUCCUUCAGCAGAACCAGGGAGGCAGUGCACUCCGUCUAGCGAACAGCUUCAACAAGUGUCUCGAAAAUUUCUACGAGAUUAUAAACGAAGAUGUCAGAUGAACUGAAUGGCUCCAGUUCUCCAAAGAACAGCAACGGAGACGACGCUCGAAGCCAAAUGAAGCACUUCUGGCAUGACCAUUCCAAGGAUGCCACUCUGGAGGAGAUGAUGUUGGACACCCAGGCUAGGACAUUAUGUGCUGAGGAGCAGCCUGAGAUACUGUCUCUCCUGCCCUCUUUGGCCGGCAAGAGGAUCCUGGAGCUUGGAGCUGGCAUUGGACGGUUCACAGGAUUACUGGCAGAGUCUGCCAAGCAUGUGACAGCCAUAGACUUCAUGGAAACGUUCAUCAACAAGAAUCGGGAGCUCAACAGUUGCCACGACAACAUCAAGUUUCUUCAGGCUGAUGCCACCAAGCUGGAUUUUGCUCCUGAAAGCUUUGAUGUCAUCUUUAGCAACUGGCUGAUGAUGUACUUGACAGAUGAUGAGGUUGUGAAACUGGCCAGUAAGUCACUGUGCUGGCUUGACCAAGAUGGCUUUCUUUUCUUCAGAGAAUCUUGCUUUCACCAAUCCGGUAAUAAGAAGCGUGAUUUCAACCCAACUAUAUACCGCAAGCCGGCCCUCUACAAUGCCAUCUUCCAGGGCACAACGCAAGCAGACCCAACUCUUAACAACACGGAGAGGAUCAGCAUGGGGUUUGAUCUUAUCUUCAGCAGAAGUGUGCAGUCUUACAUCAAGCUUAAGAACAACCAGAACCAGUUCUGUUGGCUGAUGCAGAAAGUGAAGCGAAACACGGCAGUCAACCACGGUUUCGAGACCUUCCAACAGUUCUUGGACAGCCAACAGUACACCCGGCAGGGAAUUUUGAGAUAUGAGAAGAUAUUUGGAGAUGGCUAUGUCAGUACUGGGGGUUCUCAAACAACCAAGGAGUUCUUACCAAUGAUCGGUCUGAAGCCAGGCCAGAGGGUCUUGGAUGUUGGGGCUGGGAUUGGAGGGGGAGAUUUCUACAUGGCAAAGACGUAUGGUGUGGAGGUUGUGGGAAUGGAUUUGUCCAGCAACAUGAUCGAAAUUGCUAUGGAGAGAGCCAGCGAACACAAAGACUUGAAGGUACAGUUUGAGAUUGCAGAUGUGACCAAGCGCGACUACGAGGCGAAAUCCUUUGAUGUGGUGUACAGCCGGGAUACCCUGUUACAUAUUAGCGACAAGGCCAGCCUCUUCCACAAAUUCCUGACUUGGUUGAAGCCAGGAGGCAAACUGCUCAUCUCAGACUACUGCUGCGGGGAUUUGCCCCACACUGACGCCUUCAGGAGCUACAUUGCACAGCGAGGUUACACCCUGUACACCCCAAAGGCAUACGGAAAGUUGCUGGAGGCGGCAGGCUUCAUCAACGUCAAGGCCGAGGACCGGACUGAGCAGUUCAUGGAGAUCUUAGAGGCGGAGAAGGCCAAAGUUGAGAAAGGGAGGGAGGCGUUUAUCAAGGAAUUCAGUGAGGAGGACUUCCAGUAUCUGGUGGACGGCUGGACCAACAAGCUGACCCGGUCUAAGGCUGGCGACCAGAAGUGGGGGCUCUUCCUGGCAGAGAAGGCUGCAGUGUCACCACCGCCCUUCCCCCAGGGAGGUUGCUCCAACGGGCACUUGUAGGCUCAGGCAAAGGGGGUAGACUCCAGAGGACAUAUUACUUGAUCGUGUGUUUGUAUACGUGUAUGCUAUCUGUAACCAUUUAGUCAUUUGGUUGUUUCAUGAACCUGUACAGCACACACUGAGCUGAUACACCCUGUCAAACGAUAGCCUCCAGUGAAAGCUCAUUUCCGUGGUGUAUCUCUCUUAAAAAAUGCAUACAAACAAUAAAUACAUGUUCAGAGAUCUAUCCUUGUUCAUUUCAAGUCGCGUCACGCAUGAUGGAAUCAAUGUAAAGAACAGCCGUUGAGAUUUGACAAUUCAGUUGAUGUUUGAGGUUGAAGUGUAGCGAGCAAGAUAUCCAUACUGUGUGCAUUUGUAGCAGAUAGCGAGUACGUGUGGUGUCACAUACAAGGCUGUAUGAGAACUGGUAGAGCUUCCAGAGCAUGAAGCAUAUUCACUUGCUUGCAAAAUCUUCCUAAUGUUGUGAUCUCUAUCUAGUUAUACAUGUGUAUGCAAAGUGGAAAUGCUGUGUGGUAUAUGAGGUAUAUAAAACCCUUUAAAGCAGCUUUUGGUAAAACAAUUAUUUGGGUAAGGUAACCAUUCCGAGAUAUCUUUGUCCUUUUGCUUCGUCGUAUUUAUCAGCUGCUCUUCCUUGAAAGUCAAUCAAAAGUAUAUUACUGACACAUAAAUAUUGAAAUACAGACAUAUUUAAUUUUGUGCAGUUUCACGUUUAACUCUGUGUAAAGUUUACACGUGACCCCAAAACUGGAGUGCAUUUAAUUUUGCAUCAUAUAAUGGAAAGCUACAUGUAUUAUCUUCUAAAGCAAUUAUUUGAGCAUGGGGCCAAUCAACAGUAAUUUUGUAAUUUUUCAGUUUAUGUCCUCAACAGUUAAAUUUUUCAAAAAGUAAAGUUACUGGCAUUAGGUCUUUGCUGUGUUUAUUCUGAAAUGACCAAAAUGUCAGACAAAAAAGCUUCUUUUAAGAAAUGAACUCUCUGCAGUGGCUUGAACUAGGAUUCAGAAAAACACUGUUACUCCCUAUACAUGUUAGGAGGUAUGUUAAUGACGUUAACUAGAGCAAGGGCACAUUUCAGUGAAUAGGUUUUAGCCAUUCAGUAUGUUAAGGGUCAGAUUUUAGGCCACAGUACUUUAAGAGAUGAUUGUAAAUGUUGGGUUGGCAAAGCCAAGCAUGGUAUCAGGAUUCGUUGAAUUCAGAAAUUUCCUUGACACAAACGUGAACACUCCAUCUGUUUUUUUUCUAAGAACAGUUGGGUAUUGCUCUCAAACAGAUCAAAUGUUAUGUGUUGUGGCAACCACACUGAAACCUGUUACCACGAUGUGGAAAGGUCACUUAAUCCGUGGAGAAGUUUCAGAGAAAUGACAACUUGUGGAAAUGCUUUUGAAUUGUUUCGCCCCUCAUCUGUUUAUUUCCUUUUUUCUGGGAGUGUAACUUGGUAAUUGAAUGAAAAUAAAUAAUAAAAAGGCCUUGGCGGGGUGAAUCUAUUAAAAAUAAAGAGCUCUUCAGGUACACAGGACACUGUAAAACAGAUGAAUUAUUGAGGUUUUUGUCUCUUAUGAUUGAUGUCCCAUAAUACACCUGUUAUACUGAAAUACAUAAGUUUACCAAGUGCUACCAAGAAAUGCACUUGUUUUUGACAAUUUUUCUGAAAAAAUAUGAUGUAAGAAUGUUGAAAAAUCCAUAACCUGGAACAGGAAAAAUAUCUCUGGUUACUGUUAUUUUAAGAGACGGCUACAUUAGACUUGUACUUUUUCAAGGCCAAGAGAAUACUAUUUGGCCAAUUAAUUUGAAGAAGUGUGACUUUCUCCGACAGAAAAAACCUUGCACUCUGCUCCAAAUGAUAUUCUGACACCAUCGGAUACCAGACUGUAUGGCAUGUACAGCCAGUGAUGUUAAGUUCUCACAAGUUGUCUAAAUAUGAUGCCGCAUCAACUGAGAUGAGGGCUGGUACUUGUGACCAGACUUGUGAUUUGACUUGUGAUGCAGAGGACCAUGAUCGUGACACAUAUUACAGCUUCAACUGACCAAUGAACAGGCAAAUAUGUAACAGCAGUUGUUUUUUCCCCACACCCCAGCGAGCAUGUGUCAAAAUUUCUCCACUUUUUGCCGGUUAACAUCGAGUCCAGUCACAGGCAUUUUCAUAAGACCAAUCACAACUGACAGGAUGAAUAAAGACCGAGGAAGUCUUGUACCAGAGUCCAUUUGAACAUUUUGUGACAUGACUUCUCACUGUAUGGCCCAUGAUGGACUUGCAGGGACUUGCAAAUGGACUCGACUACAUAACUGCUUUUAUUUACAUCGUACAUGUCAUACCAUUUUGUACAUGCAGCACGGAGGUUUUUGCAGAUACAAAUUUCCGCUCUCGGCUGUGGCAUAGUAGUGAUUUCAAUGCAAAAGUAUGUAGCAGUACCAAAAAGGAGGUCAGUGUGCCCUUUAAGAAGUUUGGAAGAUGUCUGGGUAUGCCAACAGAGAUCUUAGUUCAACAGAACCUGGGAUCCAUUAGAAUUUCAAAUCUAAAAGUUAUGGCACUUUUGGAUGGGAAUUCCCAGAACGAGAGACCAUUAAAAUUGGGCCUUCCUGUUUGGUUUCGACCACACGGGUCCCUGAGCUUGGCAGAGGUGGUGAUUGGGAGAACAAAUCAUUCAAGGACUUCUGCAAACUGUCUAGAUAUUGACAAUUCUAUCCAGACAGCACGUCUUGAAUAUCUGUUCGCAAUCAUGGAGUUUGAACACAGGAAAGGAACGAUAGAUCUAUCUUGCAAAACAUCUUUGCCAUUUUAAGCUCUAUAAAUCACAGGACUAGUUUCCCCUUCCUUUUUAAUAAGACAUUAAGUUGGAAAGAAGAGACAAUGUUUUAAUUUGUUGUUUUUGUUUCCAACUCCUAAAGAGCCUUUAUCGGUUGUACGGAUUGGUUUAAAAUGACACAUUCUGUUUUUUUUUACACACUUUAUCACAAGAAAUGACUGGACAAAAUACCAAAUUUCAAUCUCAACCUGAGAGAGAGCUGUGGUGAGUGGAACAUGUAAUAAGACUGUUCCAUGUUCCAACUGUGAGACAACAAAAAUAACCAAGUCCCUGAUUCUAAAAUGUGCCAUCCAUGUCAAUGGUUUUCUUCGCUUCCCGUCAAAGGUUUUCAAGACUAAAAAGUGCAUAGAUAUUUUUUUUUUCAGAUUUCCGACACACUGACAGUUCUGGUAAAUGUACAUGUACGGCAAAUAACUUCUCAAUGAUCAGUAAAAAUCAAUGCUGAUAAACUCACCAAUGUGAGAAAAAAACAAACAAGAGUUGAGUGCACACUGUCCAGUAUUCACUUGUGGGAGUUAAAAUGUUGCUACCAUUUAUGCAGAAAAAACUACAGAAUGCUAAAUUAAAAGUGCUAAUAAUACUUGCAUUUUUAAGCCAACCACACAUACUCAAGAAAAAAUUAUUCAUUUCUUCAACCACCCAUCUGAUUGUAAUCAGAAAGAUUUACUGAAUGCUGUCUCUUUAUCCCAUGAUGUUUGUGUCUUUGUUUGUUGUGAAUACGUCUUAUGGCUUCUAUUCCACAAUAUACAAGUAUUUUGUUAACUUGCCAAUCUCUACGGUCUGAGACUGAGGCCAAAACAAAGUCUUACUUUGGCACCAGAGUACAAUUUCCCAGUUGAACAUAUAACACUCAGGGAGCAAUGAUUAAAAAACAAAGCCCUCAAAAAAAGAUUACGAUCAACGAACAGAGAAAAUGCAAGAACAAAGCAAAACAGAACCAAAAAAAAGAACCGUCAUAAACCAAUAUGUAGCAACCAACCUUUUCCUUUGAGCAUUGAAUUAAUCAAAGACUAGAUUUUUAAAUUACAAUUUCAAAUUUACCAAUACACGAUGUAGUUGAAAUUUCUAACAUAUUUUGCAAAUAUUAAGUUAACCCUAUCUUUUCUCAACCCUCCAACUCACAACAAUGUUGGCCUUGCAUUUUUUGACACCUCGUCAUUACGUACCGGUACCACAGUGGUAUGCAACCACACAAUCUGUAGAUCACUAGGCUAAUACAUGGCUGAGCAAGUGAGCAUCCUCCAUCUUGUGCCAUCAGAGUCUUCUUGCUGUAUGGCUUCUAAAUCCUCGAGAAUUCCCCCCACCCCCGAAGAGUCUCUGGUAAACCAUGCCCACCUGCAUAGUAUAGGAACUAUUCACACAGGAGGUGGAAUAUUUUGCCAGUGGAUACUUUCAACCAGUGCUGUGUGUGCAGGUAUAUUAAAAUCCCGCCACCGACUUGAUUGGCACAGUACAUCAGACUGGCCAAAACUUACACACAACGAGACGUAGCAGCAGGUGUUUACAAUCUACUUUACUUUA